AUGUUUUUCUUUAAGAAUAGAGUCGUCAAUCUGAAAAAGCAGCGACUCAUAAAACACAACAAAAACCCUAUUAUGGAGAACAAGGAGAAGCUUCCAUGGGAGUUGGUGGAAGAGAUCCUCUCUCGUGUCCCUCCUAAACCACUUAUCCGAUUCAGAACCGUUUGCAAACGAUGGAACACUCUCUUCGACGACAAUACUUUCAUCAACAACCACAAAAUGACCUUUCAAUUUAUUCUAGUGACUAAAUCCAAGGUUUAUUCGGUAAGCCUGAACCCCCAGAUAGAGGUGCGUGAGUUAACCUUAGAUACCCCCGGUUUAAAAGAUCAGAAACCUAAUGACUUGGUCGAUUGCAAUGGGUUCUUGCUAUGUGGCAUGAAAGAAGGAGCUGUGGUUUGUAACCCGUGGUCAGGACAAAAUAGAUGCAUCAAGGCCGAGGUUAGUCAACCUAGUUUAGAAUUUCGUGGCAUAGGUUAUGAUGAUAAUAGGAUGGGUAAGAAAAUUGUUUAUAAAACCGUUGCGUUUUAUCUAAAUAAUAUAAGCUCUACCACUGCAUGGAGAAUCCAUAACCUUGCUACCGAUACUUGGAAAUACGUGUUGCAACAGGCAAAACGUGAAGCACCGCCUCAAACUUUUAUCAUUAUGCACUCGACAAGAGGUGUAUCGUUGAAUGGAACAUUGUAUUGGGUUGCUUAUUACCACAGUCAUCCCUCGUUGUUCUUAGUAGUAAGAUUCGAUUUUCGGAGCGGAAGAUACUUAAAAUUUUGUGAUCUACCGUGUGUGACGAACGAUCAUCGCGAUGCUCUUGUCCUUAGGGUUUUUAGAGGAGAUCGGCUUUCGUUGUUAAAGCAGUGCCAUGUAACAAAGAAGAUUCAGAUUUGGGUGGCCAAGGACAAGAUUGAUAAAGGGUAUAGUAGAGAUGUGAAAUGGAUUAUUUUCAUGGAAGUGUCAAUCCCUAACUUGCCGUAUUUAGUACAAACACAAUCCUAUCGUCAGCCGAGUUACUUCAUUGACGAUAGAAGGGAUGGUAAAAGGCUGGUCGUGUGUUCUUGCGAUGUAAAUGGCCGGGCUUGGAUCUAUGUUGUUGGGGAUAGCAAGUUAAUCAGUAAAACCCGAUUGGAUUCUGUAGUGGAUCCUUGGCCUUUGCAUUGUACCUGUGUUCCCAGUUUGGUCAUGGUUCCUGGAUGUCAAAGAGAAGACAUGGAAGAAAAAGCAGAACGUGUCAAUAUUUCUUUCGUUAUGUUUUUUGUUUGGUUGUUUGGGAAGCUUAAGUUCCUCUUUAGCAAAAUAAAUUAUUUUUAAUUGUUUAGAACAGGCUAGAUUGAAUGUUUAAUGGUCUCAGUCAGUUUAAGUCUAGGGUUCUGAGUUUUAUUCGGGAAUUUGUUAGCUUUCACUUUGUUGGACACUUCAAUGGUUUUGAGAUGGUUUUCAAUGGUUU